UAAAGUAGAUUUUACUUUAUCUAUGGUCAGAAAUGUCAAAAAAUCAUACGCAAGUUAGGUUAUAUUUAUUUAUUAUUAAAGGAUAAAUGUUUUUGUAAUGCAAAGCUGGUACUUAGCACACUCAGGAGAUGGCCAUUGCCGAAGAAGCAAUCGAUUUAUUUAAAACAACCUUCAGUAUUAAUACAAACACUUCCGACAUUAAGUUUCUACGCUUUCAAGAAGAGCCCUAUAACACUGUGGAGCAGAAACAUGAAUUCGGUGAAAAAAUCUGUGUUGUGCAUACUGUUAGCUUAAGCAUAUUUAAUAUCGAAGUCAAUUUACGACUACUUUAUUUCAAAUAUGACGAUCACGUAGAAGUGUUAAAAUUGGAAAUUAAUAUACCUAACAACACUUUUUCAAGUGAAAUAGCAUCGUGUAAGAAUUUCCUCCAACGUAAAAGAAACAUGAACUUGACAUUUGAAGUUUUAAUCAAAUUUGCGAAGUUGUUUGAAAUGAGAAGAUUGAUUUGUUGGACUGUGUUUAAAAAAUACCCUUUGAUAGAAGUGACUGAAAAUGAAACGGGGAUUGCUGUGAAAUGUUUUACUGCUAAUUUCAAUAGAAAUCUUUUAGAUUUCAAUUGGACUAUUAAUUGGAUAGUGGAAGAAUAUGAAGUGAGUGAUUUUAUUGAGUUUUAUUUAAACAAUUCAGUUUUGAGCAAAAGUCGUAGAGGGAAAAUCAAGGAGAAACUUGAAGUCAUAGUCCAACCCAAUAUUGACUUUCACACAAAAUUAAAGAUGUGGAAAUCUGUGAUGCAGAAUUUAUACAGCAGCCCCAGCACCCCAACAAUUGACAUUUUGGAGAUAUCCUCUGAUGAAGACAGCGUCAUAGAAAUAAAUUAAGUUAAAAUACGUUUUAUUUAGUUAAAUGUAAAUAUAUAUUUUCUGUUAUUUAA